AUGGCACAGGUGAGCACUAACCAGCUCGUUGGCGUGAAUGCGCAGCUUAGCGAUGGUGUUCGUGCUCUACAAAUUCAAGGGCACAAAUCUUCUAGAAGCGACGACACUGCUAACCCGUCUGGUGUCUUGUUGUGCCACACUUCUUGUUCGUUGGGCAGCACGCCUUUGGAGCUUUACCUUUCCAACGUAUCUGACUUUAUGAAUCAAAACCCAACGGAAGUCGUCACUCUUAUUAUUGCCAAUAAUGACAAUAUUGAUGUGAAUGAUUGGGCAUCUGCGUUCCAAAAGAAUGGUCUGGAUCAGAUAGCGUACAAGCCUCCCUCAGAUACGGUAACCAAGGACCAAUGGCCGACGUUGCAGGAGAUGAUUGACUCGAAACAACGCCUUGUUGUUUUCAUGGACUACAAAUCGGACUUGAGCCGCGUGAACUAUAUUAUCCCAGAGUUCAAGAACGUUUGGGAAAACCCAUACGACCAAACUUCGGGUACAUUCAACUGCACGCCUGAUCGCUACGAUGGAGAUACGUCUCAGAUGAUGUAUCUAAUUAACCACUACCGCGACAAUGUUGAUUCGAUAGCGGGUCAAGAAAUCAAACUCCCAGCACGCGACAAAUUGAAUGUCACAAACUCGGUGGACUCGAUCAUGCGGGACGCUAACUCAUGUGCAAAGCAGUACAACUCAUACCCCACAUUUGUGCUGGUCGACUUUUAUAAUGUGGGCAAUGGCUCUGUGUUUGCUGCGACGUCUGGCAUGAACAAUGUGGCAUACGAAAAGAAAGGUGUGACACCCGUACCCACCUCUACCAGUGGGGCUUUCCGCCUAGAUCCGACCGUGUAUACAGCAUGGAUGAGCGUACUCACGAUAGGUGUGAGUGCGCUACUUUCGGCCCUCCUGAUGUAA